GGGGCUGUCCUAAUUUAACAAGGGUGGAAAAUGGUGGAACGGAGAGUCAGACGGCUACAGUAGACAGAGGGACACCAACAGUUUUAUCUCUGCCUACAGAAUCACUUUGUGUGGACUUUUACGUGGCAGAAGAAAAGUAGCAGUCAUGGCUGAUGCAGCAAAGAUGAAAAAAACUGCAGCCAAAGUGUUGGGCUGUGUGGAGAAGGUGUCCUCCUUCGCUUCUUCCAUCGACCCCAUCUUUGGCAUUGUCUCCUCCCUGGUCGGGGUGGCUCGCAAGGGCCUGAUGGACGAGGAGGGCCACGCUCUGGACAAAGACUUCCAGGAGAUCCACAGUAAGCUGGAGAGCAUCUCCCAGAAGAACCAACACUGUCUCAGGAAGAUCCACAUCGACGAGGUGAACGAAACUUAUGGCAAAUACGAAGAAUACAUCAAGCACCAGUAUGCUGCCUUCAACAGCAUGGUGGCGCAGAUGAAGAAAGAUCCAGACAACACCCAGCGCCACAUGGAGACCUUUGAGAAGAUUUAUGAGAGAGACAAGUCUGAACUGAGCCUGGAUGUGUACUACCGUGGUGUGAUGGGGGCGAGCACGGUGUUUGGAAAACCUCUGCUGAAGGUGUACCUGGACCACUGCGAUGGUGACCGUGAAAUCAUGGAGCGGCGCUGUUCCCACAUCACCCACCUGUUCCACAUGGGCCUCAUCGCGCUCAUGGCCUACACAGCUGUUACAGAGGACGACGAAGACGAAGUGCGUGACAAGUGGGCUGGCAGGGUGGAAGACAUCCAGCAGAAGAUGCAGGAGGUGCUCAGUCAGUGCAAAGAUAAAUCGUCCUGAACAUGGACCCGCAGAGAGAGAAAACGUCCUCUGGGUUCGCUGGAAACAAGACAGAGAACUAUCUGUUACUCUCAAAAGACAAAUUAUGUUAUAGUAUAAAAAUAUAUAUGAAACCAAAGCCAUGUUUUGAUUUGUGCACUUGAGCUGCGCCUGAUGUUCGUACUGCAGCAUUUUACUUCUUGUUUUGACAAUGUAUGUUAUUUUCAAAGUGACCACUAGAACUUUCAGCUGCUUUGUCACGUGUCAAUAAAUGCUGAAGUUUUGUACAAUCGCUGCGAUUAAACAUGUAAAUUAUCCCUUUG